AUGUAUGGUAAAUGCGGUGACUUGCAGUCUGCGCGUAAGGUGUUUGAUAAAAUGCCUGAAAGGAACUUGAUUACUUGGUGUGCCAUGAUGGGUGCUUACGGAAUGCAUGGGGACGCUGAUGAGGUGUUUUGGUUGUUUGAUAGGAUGUUGGAUUCCGUUGUUCGGCCUGAUGGAGCGACGUUUACCACAGUGCUUACGGCAUGUAGUCAUGGAGGAAGAGUAGAGAAGGGGGAGGAAUAUUUUGAGAUGAUGGUUAACAGGUUUGAGUUGAGGCCAACCAAGGAACAUUGUACUUGUAUGGUUGAUAUGUUGGGUAGAGCUGGCAGAAUUGAACAAGCCAAAGGGGUUGUUGAGAGUAUGGAGAUGGAGCCUGAUGCUGGUUUAUGGAGGGCUUUUCUUGCAGCCUGCAAAAUCCAUGGAAAAUAUGAGAUUACAGUCAGAGACAUGGUAUUUGCUAAAGAGUAUGUUGGAAAAUAUGUAUAA